AGUUACUUUCCUGGGAGUACUGUGCAUUCGGUCUGUACUCCAUCUUUCGCGGUUGGGAUCGGCGGGGCAAUCCUGCACGCAGGCGAGGCUAGUAGGGGUGAGCUGAUUGGAGGGGCUAUGACUAAUCACAAGCAGGAUGUUGGUAUCUGUUGCAUACAGGCCUCAGGCAACGCGGCACGUCGAAAAGGACCGGGGGUUUCAAAUGUCUUGAUGAGUAAGCCGGAGACCAUCGUGUCUGAGACCCCAGAGCGAGCAUCAACUGAAACUGAUCAUAGAGCAUUGCUCGCCCAUGCCUCCCGUCAAGUGCGCCUGACGGCCUCUACCGACAAUCUCACCGAUGAUCUCACUUUCUUCCAAGCACUCUUGAUGCUAUACCCCAUCUCGCCUAAUACCAAGAAGGCAGCGAUUGGCUCUGCUCACAGCGUAGCGUAUCGACUGUCAUCAGCGCUCGAUCAAGCUAUACUGUCCGUCAGUCCCCUGUUGUCGAGGCGCAAUCAUUCAGGCGUUCUGCACGACCUUGGAAGACUGCUUAGAUUGUUUAUCACAGCGCAAGAAGCUCAAAAGCAUAAUCUGCUAACAUUUGGCGGCGGUAUGCGGUCAACUGCUACAAAUUGACGGCGCAAGGGAACAGGAACACACUUUGGACGCUUGGUAGAUAAUCGACCUACUCAUGUCCGCCACAAUACCCACGUGCAUCGCCCAGUAUGUACCUCCUCUGUCCUCUUCCCAUCAAAAUCCAACAGGACUCCCUGUAAACGCUGCAAUACGUCCGGCUCAACGUGUGUGCCCACUGGGACGGGUGUAUGCUGCAAGUCGUGCCAGCAGAGCAAGCGCAAGUGUUUGUGGGCGGAUUGAUCAUACACGCAGCAAUCAGCUUGGAUUGUGCACUCAGGA